AUGGCUAGAAAGAAAAAUCAAAAAGCUUAAUAGAAACAAAAUAAGAAGACCUAAAAAAACAUUAAGCAAUUAGAAUCUGAAGAUGAAGAGGUUGAUAGCUAAGCAGAUGGUAAAUCUGAUAGUGGAGAUAAAAAGAAGAAAGCAACUUAAAAAUAAAAAGUAAACAGCAAAAAAAAAUCAAAUGAUACUCUAAACCUUUCAAGUAGCAAAAUUGAAAUAUUAAAAAAGAAAAUAAAAAGGACAAUGUCUAAUUUAAGUGAAAAAGCAAAUAACGAUGAAAUGGAAGCUGAAAAAAUAGAUUCUACAAUUCAAGAUAACGUUAUUACCUAUGAAUUAGAUCCUUCUGAGAAUGAAAUCACUAUAAAGAUAUAAAAGAGAUCAUAUAAAUUUAAUACUACAUCUUAAUAUGUGAAGGAAAAUAACAGUUUAAUUGAUUUCAUUGAUAAAAUUGAAGAAUAUUUUGAUUUAAUGAAAAAAAAAGAAUUAAGAAAAGUUCCUGAAGUCUAAAAGUUAACUAACCACUACUAGUUUACAGCUUUAGAAUACUAUUUAAUGAAAGCUUUUGAUGAAAUCGAUGCAAAAGAAAAAAAAAUAGACAAUCCUCAUUUAGAAGAUGAAAAAUGCUGCAUCUGCUAAUUUGAAUUAUACGAUGGCAUUAAAGAUUAUAAACCAGAUGAUUUUAAAAAUCAGCUUUCAAACGAUUAAGAUUCUGAUGCAAUAGGAUUAAUUGAUUGUGAUGGACACUAUUUCCAUAAAGAAUGCUUAAAAAUGAUGAUUUAAUCUACUUAUAUUAAAUGCCCUAUUUGCUCUAAAAUAUAUGGAGUUAUGACUGGGGAUUAACCAGAUGGUGAUAUGACUAUUGAAGUAACCAAAAGCAAAUGUGAAGGAUAUAAAUGUAAUACUAUAGUUAUUAAUUAUAAUAUGCAUGGUGGUAAUAUAAAUGGUAAGUAUGUUCCUUCUACUUGGAGAACAGCAUAUUUACCUGAUAAUGAUGAAGGAAGAGAAGUUAGAGAUCUGUUGAAAAUUGCCUUUGAUAGAAAGUUAAUAUUCACAAUAGGCAGAAGUGUAACAACUGGACUUGAUAAUUAAAUUGUUUGGAAUGGUAUUCAUCAUAAAACUAACACUCAUGGAGGCGCUGCUUACUUUGGGUAUCCAGAUCCUACCUAUUUUAAUAGAGUUAAAUAAGAAUUAGCUUUAAAAGGAGUUAGAUGA